GCGCAUGAUGACAUGAUAUGCAAUGCAUGACACGCAAGCAAUGACAAGGCAACAACAGCGAAUAACUGAACGACACCUGGCACAUCGGUCUCGGGGCGUUACACAAGGCCAUGCGCGGGAUGCAUGAAGUGCACUGAGCAGAAGAAGAUGAACACAUGUAUGACUACGACGCUUCCUACGCAGCCGGAAUGAUACUUUAGGGCUUGUGGGGGAAGAUAGUGACCAUGACCAUCAAGUUCGCGAGGCACAACAUGAAAAUGUUCUUUAGCAAUGACUGGUUCUGCUCGAGAAGUGUGACAUAGCGAUGGACCGACGCGUGUGAAAUCAGAUGUCUCCACUGCACGCUGAAGUACUGCAUGUACUCCUUCUCCCAUUUUCAAAAACUGCACCCUCCAUGCUGCAGCAGGAAGAAAGAUUAGCACGCCAUGGAGAAGAAGGCAUGAAAAGAUUUAGAAAAACUUACCCCAUGCCGUUCGCACUUGUAGAAGUGCUUCCCCGGGUUUAGUUCAGCCCCGAAGACAAACCAGAGCACGUGGUCAGCGUUGCAUUCGGGGCAACGGAUGAGAGGGAGUGGAGGCAUCCGAUUGCUCGUGUGGUGGAAUGGACGUGGUGUUGAACUACUAUGGGACAUGGACGAACGCAUGAUUUGCAAGCCUAGCUAAGCUGUGAGGAAUGGAGAAGGGGAGCAGCUUCGAAUGGCCAUGUCCCACGCAAUAAAUGUCUUUGCACGUCUCGUUCCCGCUUGGUGCAGCUAGCCGUUGUCACUACAUGCUGUCAUUUGGGCCUUUACUAUGGCGCGCAGACACGGAUACGAGCGUUAUACUAGCUGAUGUACGCUGCUAGGGGAAAUUAUACGACAACGUUGUAUUGCGCUAGCACGAAUCGCGUGGAGACGAGUGGUGCAGAUAACGACCUCGCGUGGCCGCAUGUGCACACGCAAUUUAUCGUAUACUUAUUUCUUAGAUAAAACAAAUGUUGGGCGUACAUUGGAUUGUAUAGUGGCUAGCACGUGAGGUAAUAACAAUUCUACCUUAAUAUCGGCCCAUACGUAUAGUUUCAAGAUGAGUUAAUUACACCUGGGGUACAUAAACUUUCGCGGCGGUAACGGAUUCAUACACAAACAAAAAAACCCCAUAAAAGUCAUACAUUAACUCUCAUGCGGAUUCGUUUAGCUACAAAACGCAUGCAAAGUGGACAGAUGGGCUGCCACGCACGCAAUGGGGUCGACCGUGUAUGCAUUUGUAUCUUUGAAGUUACCCCACUCAGUUUACUGAGAUUUAACCCGUGGCCAUUCUCUCUGUAUCCCAAUCCCCUUCUUCAAAUCCCUAGCUGCGAAGGCGACGCGGUCGGCCCGGUCGUGCACCAUGGAGAGACGACGCGGUCGAGCGCCAUGGAGAGGCGUUGGGAACAACGUCUUCAACCAAGCCGACGGCUAUGUCAACGGCGGCUUGGACCAAACCGACAGCGGCUCUGUCAACCAAGGCGGCGGCGGCUCUGGCACCGGAUGCGACAUGGAUGGCGAGUGGAUAGUCACAUUAGAGCUUAGUUUUGGCUCCAAAAAAGCGAUGAAGGGGGCAUGCGGAAUUAGGGUUUCCAAUGAAGGAUUUGGUGCGGCUGAAUGUGGGUGCAAAUUGACGCCAGUUAUUAGGGUUUGCAAUGAAGGAUUUGAUGCAGGCCGACGAUUUCUGAGUUGUCCAUACGAGGGGUUAAACUCCUGUGGGUAUUUGAGGUGGAUGGAUGAUGCAUGGCAGGGCAGAUCAAGGGUGGUAAUUGGAAAGCUUGCAAAUGACAACCAGAAGCUACAAAAUGCUUUGCUUGACAAGGAACAAGACAUUCAGAGGAUGAAGAAAGAGAGGAAUAAAUUAGAUGAGCAGAGAAAAGGUAGGGAAAAAUUAGAUUUGUUUCUAGUACUUGUUGUUCUUGCAAGUGUAGUGAUUUAUGCUCUUGUUGCAUUGGUUAGUAGGGGAUUUGUGUGAGGAUUUCAAGUAUGUGUGACUGUAUGAUGAACAAGUUUGUCAAGUUUGAAAAUUUUCAUGCCCAGUUAUUUGUCUUUCUUA